UACGGGUCAUCCCACUCACACACACACACACACACACCUGGUGAGGCGACAUACCUGCUAUCUCCUGUUCCCACGGAUUGAGAGUGUACACCACAGCCGAGCCAUGCACAGGUAGCACCGUCUGUCUUCAAGGUGUAAUUUGUAGUCGAAAGAGAACGAAUAUGCCAGGCCGGCCGCCAUUUUUGCAGGUGCUGGGCGUCGCCAUCUUGUCUUACGUCACACUGACAGCUGGGCAGAUCAGUGGACAGAAUCAGUUACUGGAUCCCAGAAGCCAAAUUAUCCCACUAGACGUCCCUCGGCAGGAGCCCCUGAUCAUCCAUGAGCCGAAGGACGUGGUGUACAACCCCGACGGGGAGAAGAAGUACGCCGUCAUGCAGUGUGCAGCGAUAGGGAAUCCCGAACCCACCUACGAAUGGGAGCGAGACAGCGUCCCGGUUGAAGUUGGUGAGAGAUAUUCCAUAGUCGGUGGUAACCUGACUAUAAUGAACCCCAGUAACUCCACAGACAUCGGCAGUUACAGGUGCACCGCUAUAAACUCUGUGGGGAAGGAGAUCAGUAGAACAGCCACGCUGAAAUUCGCAUUUAUAGGAGAAUGGGACAGAACCGCACGAGACCCAAAGACAGUGAAUGAAGGGAGCCUGCUGUCAAUAACAUGUAACCCGCCUACUGCUCAUCCAGGCCUGAGGUACAGCUGGUACAAAGAUGACAACAUCGUCAUCCCCGAUCACCGCGCGCAUGUAUCUGACCUGACCGGUGACCUGUACCUCGCCUCUGCCCGGGAGUCCGAUGCCGGGUCCUACCGAUGCCGUGCCACGAGCGCCGCACCGAACGCUAACUCCAACGGGAACACGGAAAACCAGUACGGGCCCCCAACCCGUGUUACUGUCACCAAUCAACAAAAUCUGUUUGACACCCAGCCCACCAUGGCCUUCCGAGUGGAGGACGUGACUGUCGUCAGGAAUCCCACUGCGGAGGAGGACGAGGAAUCCUCCGUCACCAUAGAAUGUUUCGCUACUGGAAGACCGAUUCCGACAAUAUCGUGGGAGAGACUAGACGCCCCCCUCCCACCGAAGGCCAGACCCUCCAACUCCAAGUUAGUCAUCACUGACGUCACACAAGAUGAAGCCGGGACGUACAGAUGUACAGCCAGGAACAGCUUAGGAUCUGUGAGCGACGAGGCCAGGAUCAUCUUUAACUCACCUCCGGAGUUUCUUGAUUUCAUUCCGCCUGAAUCCAAGGGAAUUGGAGAACGUGUAAUUUUUCAAUGUCCACCUGUACGGGGAACUCAACCAUUAAGGUACACGUGGUUUGCCGACGACCAGGCCAUCACGAGUGACAUCCGGAUCAAGGUGGGAGCGAGCACGCUAACUAUCAACAACAUCCGGGAGUCUGACCACGGGCGGUACCAGUGUCACGUGCAGAAUGAGUACGGUACAGCACAAGUCUCAGCCGAGCUGUCUGUCAGAGACAUCCGGCCGAGGUUUUACUCGCCCGUGCGAAGUGUGCUGGCAGUGGAGGGAGGUAAGGCGGUGUUACGGUAUAACGCACGCGCCGCGCCCACCCCGACCAUCCAGUGGAAGAAAGGCACCUCGAGCGUACAGCAAGGCAGCAAGUAUAACAUAACGAGUGACGGGUAUCUUGAGAUCAAUGAUAUAUCCAUGAACGAUGCCGGACUGUACACAGUCUCCGUUCUCAACGAUCUGGGCUCUGCAAGUUCGACGGGGGAAGUCAGAGUUGCCCAGGCCACGGUCAUCACGACCAGCCCGUCCGAUACGACAGUUGACGCGGGAGGACUGAAGACUCUCCGGUGUACGGCACGGACGGACCGCCGUCUGGACGUCACCUACACCUGGCUGGUCAACGGCAGAAGACUGGAGGUGAACGACAGCACACAGUACUAUGAGAGGGGCUCGAACGGUGACCUGAUCAUUAAGAACGCGGAUCCCAGUCUGUCAGGUACUUACACCUGUUCAGCUGAAUCAGGUGGUCUGACUGUCCAGGCAUCAUGUACAGUCACUGUCAAAGGUACGGAAACAAGCUAA